GCUCCAACCACCGAGACCGACCCGCCAGCAUCAACCGAGUUUAUUCACCAACGAAGUGAAAAGAGUGACGACAGCCUUGCGAUCUUUCCAUCUCAUUUAUAUUAUAGAUAGGCUUAUUCGUAGCCCGUCGAAUAUAUCUGGUUCUUUCAAGGCCUACUCUCAUCACAAGUUCUCAGGGUCACCCGGCACCCGGGGUCAUCUGAUCUCACGGCGGAGGUCGAGCUCAAAACUUGAGCGGGUUUUAUAAAUUCGGCCACAUCUUGGCCUGAAUAAAUUCUCUCAGGUGCGGCUAUGGAUGCCUCUGCGUACCAGUACAGGCCCCCGAAGCCGAAUUAUCUUCCUCACAACAUCGAAGCCGAUGAAGCCGUCGUAGAAGAGUACGCCCUCCCGCUCGGCAAGGCCGACGACCGCGAGAAUGCCAUCUUCUUCAACAAGAUGAAAUUUGCGGCACAGGAGUACGGCAUCGUCCGGCCGAAGGGCUACACGGUCUCGUACCACGCCACGCCGGAGAUGGAGAAGCACCACUUCGGGCAGACGCACCCCAUGAAACCGUGGCGGUUGACGCUGACCAAGAGCCUGGUCACGUCGUAUGGGAUGCCCUUUGCCAUGGACAACUACGUGACGCGGGAGGCGACGUACGAGGAGCUCAAUGCGUUCCAUUCGAACGACUACCUCGACUAUCUGUCGACGGCAGCGCCAGAAGACCAGCCACGGGAUAUUGAGAACCCCGACAAGGAAGUUAAGUACAACCUUGGCGGGAGUGACUGCCCGCUCUUCCACGGGCUUUAUAACUACUGCUCCAUGUCGGCGGGCUGCUCGCUCGACGCCGCGCGCAAGAUCACUAGUAACCAGUCCGACAUCGCCAUCGCUUGGGGCGGUGGGCUGCACCACGCCAAGAGGUACGAGGCGUCAGGAUUUUGCUACAUCAACGACAUUGUGCUCGCCAUCUUACAAUUACUACGCACCCACCCGCGCGUGCUUUAUAUUGACAUUGACGUACACCACGGUGAUGGCGUUGAGGAGGCCUUCUUCUCGACGGACCGCGUCAUGACUGUCUCGUUCCACAAGUACCACCCGGAAACGUUCUUUCCUGGCACCGGCGCACUCGAGGACAAUGGGCCAAAGAGCGAGCACAACCCGGGAGCACACCACGCUAUCAACGUACCGUUGCAGGACGGCAUCACGGAUGAGCAGUACGAGACGCUCUUCCAGAGCAUCAUCGGCGCCAUCAACGAGCGUUACCGGCCAAGCGCCAUCGCUCUGCAGUGCGGCGCCGAUUCGCUGGCCGGCGACCGGCUCGGGCGGUUCAAUCUGCGGGUGCAGGGCCACGGGGCCUGUGUGCGGUAUUGCAAGAGCCUGGGGAUACCCAUGAUCGUGUUUGGAGGAGGCGGGUACACGCCGCGCAACGUGGCGCGGGCGUGGGCGUACGAGACGUCCAUCGCCAUCGGCGCCGACACGCGGAUCCCCGAGAUGAUCCCGGACCACACGCCGUGGCGCGAGCACUUCAUCCACGACACGCUGUUCCCGUCGCUCGAGCAGAGCAUGCACGAGCCGCGCCACAACCGCAACUCGGAGAAGCGGCUAAGGGAGAUCAUCACGCACGUACACGAGCAGCUGCGCUUCGUGGCGCACGCGCCCAGCGUGCAGAGCAUGACCAUCCCGCCGGAUCUGGGGCCCAUCAGGGACGACGUCGAGGCCAGGCUGAAGGAGGAGAAUGAGAAGAAGAAUGGAAAUUUGAGGCGGAUCCAGGAGGAGGGGCUUGGGCACGAUAUGGAGUUUUGACCAUCUAGGCGGACAUACACAGUAGCUGAGAGGUUUGGGGGUUAAUUGAAAUGCCAUGGGUUUGUUUCCAUCCUCCAGUGCCCCCUUCCGAGCACACCGGCAAGAGAGAUCAAUAUCUGAGACACACUUAAGCACCAGUGGCACCUUACUCCGAGGUCCGUCUAUGUGGAUCCCGAUCUUCGGGACCUUUGCUCCGUCCGGGAGAGGUGGGGCUCCCGCCACCCGCGGGACGAGCCCCGGCGGUCCAUCAGCGGGCAGGCUCGGCAGGUCAGCUGCAUUU